AAAAAGGCAUAGAAAACAAAAGGCUAAGUUGAUGCUAGGAUAAAUAGGAUCAAAUACUCUAUUCAAUCUUCACAUUUCACAAAGUUUUGUGUUGCAAAAGAAAACAAACAACAUAUAUAGAAAGGGUGAGUUUUGAAAAAAAGAAAGAGGACAACAAGUGGAAGGGCACACAAAGCCAUCAAAAAAUAUAAAGUUAUGUAUGGAAGUGGAAAUAGAUCAUCAAUUCUACCAUGGAAUAGCUUCAACACACUUGAAGAUCCAUUUAUUUUUCAUGGAUCAUCAUAUUAUGGAGAUUUAUUCAACAAAAUUAUACCACAAUUUCCAUGUCAAGAUCAUAAUGAAGUGCAAAAAAUGAUGAAUUCUCAAGAAAUAAUGGAUGCAAAGGCACUUGCUGCCUCAAAAAGUCAUAGUGAAGCUGAAAGAAGACGUAGAGAAAGAAUCAAUAAUCAUCUUGCUAAAUUACGUAGCCUUCUCCCAAACACUACUAAGACAGAUAAAGCAUCACUAUUAGCUGAGGUGAUACAACAUGUAAAGGAGCUAAAGAGACAAACAUCACAAAUAGCCCAAACAAAUCCACUAAUCCCAACUGAGAUUAAUGAAUUAACAGUUGAUUAUUGCAAUAAUGAAGAAGGAAAUUUCAUGAUCAAAGUUUCAUUAUGUUGUGAAGAUAGGUCUGAUCUUUUACAUGACCUAAUCAAGACCUUAAAAUCUCUAAGGUUAAAAACACUCAAGGCUGAAAUAACAACACUUGGUGGACGUGUGAGAAAUGUCUUGUUCAUAACAAGGGAUCAACAACAAGGCAACGACGAUACGUGGAUCAAUGAUAACGAUAAUGAUAAUGAUGAUGAUCAGAUGAAAUAUUGUCUAAGAUCAAUUCAAGAAGCACUUAAAGAAGUUAUGGAGAAAUCUAUUGGAAAUGAUUCUGGUAAUUCAGGGAGUAUUAAGAGACAAAGAACUAGUGAUAAUAAUAUUAUACACUACUAAAAAUAAAUAGGAAUUUUGUCGUUACGUAGCAAAAUUUAUCGCUAAUUCUAUAGAGCAAUUGGCAAUUUGAUGAUAUAGCUAAUUUUAGUAGUGUUUCUUCACUAUAAGAUAACUGUGAAUUACAUGGAAAUUUUUCUAGGGAUUAGUAUGAAAAUUCACAUGAAACUUAUUUUCCUGUAAAUUUUUAUACUAAUCCUCAUAUAAUUCACACUUCUCUGAUAGUGCACUUGGUAUUUUAGUCUAAUUUCCUUUUCUUUUUUAGUUCUUAAUUUCAUAAUAAAGUGUGUUAUUUUGGGUUUG